UGCGUCAGUAACUUGUGACUGAGCAGCCAUGUUCAGCUACAGACCAGAUGCGCCCGUAGAUAACUGAUCCCGCUGGAUAUAAAUCUCUUUCCCGGCCAUUUGUAACGAGCAUCCAGUCUGAGAAACCCGGUCGGUCUGCUUCAGAAGUGAAGAGGUGGAGGGAGCUCUGUUCUGGACGUCAUGGCCUCUCGCAAAAAGGUGCUGCUUAAGGUGAUCAUUCUCGGUGAUUCUGGGGUGGGGAAGACCUCUUUAAUGAACCAGUAUGUUAAUAACAAGUUCAGCAACCAGUACAAGGCCACAAUUGGUGCAGACUUUCUGACCAAAGAGGUGAUGGUUGAUGACCGGCUCGUCACAAUGCAGAUUUGGGACACAGCCGGACAGGAGCGAUUUCAGUCUCUGGGAGUGGCGUUCUACAGGGGUGCUGACUGCUGCGUGCUGGUGUACGAUGUCACAGCCCCAAACACCUUCAAAACGUUGGACAGCUGGAGGGAUGAGUUCCUGAUUCAGGCCAGCCCACGUGACCCAGAGAACUUCCCUUUCGUCGUGCUCGGGAACAAAAUCGACUUGGAGAACAGACAGGUUGCCACAAAGCGAGCUCAGGCAUGGUGUGUAAGCAAGAACAACAUCCCGUACUUCGAGACCAGUGCCAAAGAAGCCAUCAACGUUGACCAGGCUUUCCAGACCAUCGCUCGCAAUGCACUUAAACAGGAGUCUGAAGUGGAGCCGUACGAUUUCCCCGACCAGAUCAAGCUAAGAGACGAUAGACCCGACUCCUCCAGCGACAGCUGCAACUGCUAAAGGACAAAAGGGAAAGGGAUGGCGACAAUCCUUCAAAGGCCGAACGAACCAAGCCACCGACUCCCCUGCCAUGAUUGUUUUCUUCUCUGGGAGGUUCAGGGUAUUUACCUUGAGACGGCGCCCCUCUCUUUCCACCACGUGGCAUGAUGAACUAAGAACACGGGAGACUUCUUUCUUUCAGCAUAGUAUUACUUUUAAAAGUACAAUUCCCAGUAUCGAUACCCUUAACCGUCUCAAGACUGUCACUGCGUUCUUUUUUCUUUGUACACUUGUUUUCCUUUCUGCCAAAUCAUCGUGCCUUUAGUUCUGCAUCAUUCCUCGUAUCUGGUCUGUAUUUCUAUGCUGAUCAUGCAUUCCCUACUGUAUAAAGUACACCAGUGCUGAAGGUGUCAACCUGUCUGUAUUUGCAUGGCAUCAAUAUAUGAUUACGAUAGCCAGUCAAGGACUUUACUGUC